AUGCAAAGGCAAGCAUUUAACCACGACAACCCCAGACUUUCUAUACUUGUUUACUUCAACUUUUGCCUGCAUUACAACAACUUGCAUCACAACAACUUGCAUCUUGGCCCCUCUCUGAAUCUACAUUCAAGCAGCGGCACUUCCGCAGAUUUCGUCCUGGCAGACGACAGCCCCCAUAUACCACCAUUAUCCUUAUCCAUCCCCGACGACCCACCCAUCCCGACUUCCCCUCAACGAUCAACCAGCACUAUCUUCUCAGCCCAAGCCCCUCUACCGCCAUCACAUCACAGAUCAGAUCAAAUCGACCCCCCGCCUUCUCUCGAGAGACAUAGCAUAGAUUCUACAACUAGGCAAACUGCUAGAACUCGUGGUAUACCUCAAGCUGAGCUCCGGCCGAGACGUGCUCAAGAUCAAGUCCUCGGUCGUAGACGUCGAGAUCAUACUAUUGACCGAGGGGAACAAUCAAACACUUUUUCGAGUCCUGGAGACUCUUCGAAUCCUUCAAGCCUACAAAGCGAACACCGCAACAAAAGAAGACGUCAAAGUGCUAGUAUGAGAUCUGAAGUGGAGGAUAGUACCACGAACGGUAGCUCUAAACCAUUCUCAAAUGGAUCGGAGACAUCUCGUUUACACAAGGCAGCCCUCUCAAACUCUGCCAAUGGUGCACAUUCUUCCUCGGUAGCCAUGAAUGGAUCAAGCACCAAUGGACACUCAGAUGCAGGUGUCAAAACAACAUCUUCAUAUUUUGGACAUAAUAGAGAGGAAGUCACUAGGAUCUUGGUCCAAGCUUUGACUGACUUGGGUUACAAUGGUGCUGCAGCGAGACUAAGUCAGGAAAGUGGUUAUGAUCUUGAAAGUCCGAUUGUAGCAGCUUUCCGAAAUGCAGUUUUACAGGGCGAGUGGACCGAAGCGGAAGAACUGCUUUUUGGGGGAUCUACAGAGGGAGGCGGAGUUAAUAUUCAUGGGAAUGGAUUGGUUCUCCGAGAUGGUGUGGAUAAGAACAUUAUGAGGUUUUGGAUGCGGCAACAAAAGUUCUUGGAAUUACUUGAACGAAAAGACAUGGGCAGAGCAAUAAACGUUUUGCGAUCCGAGCUUACUCCACUAUAUCAAGAUACCGCCAAGUUGCAUUUCUAUCAAGGUAUGCUUUUGUUGAUAUAUUUCUACAAUCUUUAUCUCGACCAAGCACUGAUCACCUGUACUAGCUUACUGAUGUGUACACCUGCGGACCUUAAGGUCAAGGCUAAUUGGGAUGGGGCCGCUGGACAAUCCAGACAUUUACUCCUCUCACAACUAUCUAGAUGCAUUUCACCAUCAGCCAUGUUACCUGAGAAUCGCUUAGCCACACUUUUUGACCAAGUAAAACAACAUCAGAUAUCUACAUGCAUUUAUCACAACACACACGAAUCACCUUCGCUGUACCAAGAUCACACAUGCGACCGAAGUAACGUUCCAUUGCGGCCCAUCAUGGAACUUACUAAACAUGCUGGUGAAGUAUGGGAUACAAAAUUCUCACACGAUGGAACUCUAUUGGCAAGCUGUGGCAGCGAUGGUGUUCUUGUUAUUUAUAAUGUUCCGGCUUUCAGUGUCCAUACUUCCUUUUCUGAACAUGAAGGUGGAGUCUGUUCUUUUGCUUGGAGUCCUGAUGACACGAGAAUGGUCACAUGUGGGCGUGAUAACAGAGCUUUGUUGUGGAAUACUGCAACUGGCGAUUUGUUAAUGAAGCUCCCUCGUUUUGGGGAGCCUGUUUCCUGUUGUGUAUGGACAUCGGAUGGACAAUCCUUUAUCACAGGCAGCUUGGCUACUACAAAGAAUUUAUGCCAGUGGAAUCUCAAUGGUGAGCGCGUAUAUGAUUGGAGCCGAGAUCAUCGUAUUCGAGAUAUAGCACUCACACCAGACGGGAGCCGACUAGUGGCCAUCGAACACUUGACCCAUCUCUAUGUUUAUAAUUUCAUAACUCACGAGCUUGAAUAUGAGCUGGACCUCAAAGUUCAGCUAUGCUCGAUCAACGUCAGCGAUAAUUCAAGGCACCUGCUGAUACAUUGUAACACUGGAGAAACACGCAUAUACCGGCGAAACAAUUCGAACCUUCGUAUCUGGGGGAUAAGGGGAAGCUCUUUCGGUGGUGCCAAUGAAAGUUUUGUGGUUAGCGGAAGUGAAGAAGGCAAUGUUGUGAUAUACCACCGAGAGAACGGUUCAGUGGUAGAAAAGCUAGAAGCUCACAAGAAAGGUUGCUGCAAUGCAGUUUCUUGGAAUCCAAUGAAUCCAAGAAUGUUCGCUUCCGCUGGUGAUGACGGCAAAGUUCGAAUUAAAUGGUCGAGCGAGAAUAGUCUUCAAGGAGUCUCUAAACAGAGUGUAUUCAAUGGCUCGCAGCGUGAAUCUAAUGGCUGGUGAUUGGAAAUUUCACGCCAGUGCACGGGCCUCUCGUAAUGCUUUAUGAGAAAUGAUGCUACAAUUUCUCCUUUUCAUUGUUUUUGCAUCUUUCAUCAACUUUAUUUUUAUUUAUUCACGUUACAUACAGCUCUCGGGGUGGCGAUUGGGUGGAAUGCAGGAAGGAUUGCAUAUGGGUAGGCAUCAAUGGUGUUUGGGAUAUAACAUACGGUAACGGCGAUGGAGUUUUAGUCAGUGUGCGUUUUUGUAAAUUGGUUUUCAAUGCUUUCGACCUUUACGUAUACGCUGAUGGAUCGAUGGCGAGUACAUUAAGUCAGAGCUAUUCAGUGAGAUGUGGUUGGAUGGAACGGCGAGGCAAGGCAAGGCAAAUAAAUGCAUGGCAUGAAAUGAUAGAUAUAUCUAAGACAUUGAUCGCGAACCGACUAGAU